GCAUUCCCCUCCCGUAUCCCUUCGUGCAUCCUGUUUCCAACACCUUUUUCUUCUAUCGCCGCUGCAAGUCAUCUCCCGUCCAUCCGAUCGAUCGUCCGACGUCCACGGACACUCAAGAACGGUGCCUACCCACGGCUCCCCAAGCUACGGCAUCGCUUAUAGUUUGGUGUAUCCGCCAUCACCAUGGGCCGUCCCGGUGCCACGAAGGUCUCACGUCCAAAAGGACCUAUCCAAGCCAGGCAGGUCCAGUCAAAAGACCCCUUCCCUCAAGACUUCCUCGGCUUUCUGCAUGCCCUCCCAUCCGACCCCCCACGCCACGACGAGGCCGACCAUCCCGUCGAACCGCCGAAGAAGCGGGCCCGGGUGGAAAGCAUCAGGCCGAUUCCCGUCGCACGAGAGUCCAUCACGGUGAAGCGGCCGGCCCAGUCUGGAAUACUGCUUACGGCACCGACGUUGCGCAAGAACGUCAACCGCCACAUGAAGCUCCGAUACGAUGAGGCAUCGCACACGCUGGCCGUCUCUUCGAAUAGCCGGUUGCCCUGUGGCGCCUUCAGGUCCAAUUUGGCCCUAGGCAGCCCCAGACUCGCAGAGAGCACACUAGUCGUGCUUGCUGUGCUAAACCGAAGUCGCGAUGCGGAUGACGAGGAGGGCUCGCUGUGGGUGAACGUCACCAUCAGUCUAGAGAAUAAGGACAAGAAGGAUCAGAUGCAAUUCACCUUCGAAUUGAAUUGGAACCCCUCAGUAUAUUCCUUGCGACGCCCACCCCAGCGAGCCCUCAGCAAGCAGGUCUUGGACACCUUCUUCGAGAGCGAAAAGCAGGGACUUGACGAGUUCGGGACAGAGUUGUCACCCCGGGCCUUCUACGACGCUUCAUUCGCCCCACCGCAGGAUCACACUGGUUUCUCCUCUCUCUCGGUUCCCAAGUUGACCUCGAGACUGUAUCCCUUCCAAAUCAGAGCCCUACAAUGGCUCUUGAAAAGGGAGGGGGUCCAGUGGAAAGACCGAUGCGCAGAUGGAACCCCCGGUCUAGAGCCAUUUUCCCCGCCGCUCGCUGAUCAACUCCCCUUGUCUUUCAGCGCCGGCAAGGACGCCGACGGAAGUCCCGUUUACGUCAGCGACCUCUAUCAUGCUGUCACUAGAGAUCCGAGCCCGUUUUCCAAGGCCGAGAGCGCUCUCAGAGGCGGAAUCCUUGCCGAGGAAAUGGGCUUGGGCAAGACGGUCGAGACAAUUUCUCUUAUCUGCACGCAUAAGCGUAGAAGCCUAUCGAGGUCGGACGAUGACAUCGUCGCCUCGGGGCUGCGUCCUAGCGGCGCAACCUUGAUCGUCACCCCGGCCACGCUACAGGAUCAGUGGGCUUCUGAGCUCUGCAAGCAUGCGCCGCACCUCAAGGCGAUGGUGUACGAUGGUCUAAGGGGCUUCGUCGGAGAGGAGGACGAGCUAGUGUCUGUGAUCGCAGGGCACGACGUCGUACUCACGACUUACAACAUUCUUCAGGCCGAAAUCCACUUCGCAGAGGAACCGCCUAGCCGCUCCAUGCGCCACGAGAGAAAGUACCGGCGCCCCAAAUCCCCCUUGGUCCAGAUAUCUUGGUGGAGGGUGUGUCUGGAUGAGGCACAGCAGAUCGAGAGCGGUGUAAGUGGCGCCGCGAAACUUGCGAGAUUGAUCCCUCGCAUCAACGCUUGGGGCAUCACGGGAACGCCAGUUAAGGAAAACAUCAAGGAUCUCUGGGGGUUGUUGCUAUUUCUCCAGCACGAGCCAUUCGCUUCUUCCCCGGCCGCAUGGGAAGGGUUGAUGACCUCUCAUCAGCACUUAUUCGAGCCUCUUUUCAAUCGCGUCUCUCUCCGCCAUACGAAGCGCGCCGUUCGGGACGAGUUGGCGCUGCCGCCGCAGAAACGAUACAUCAUAACCGUCCCCUUCAAGGCAAUUGAGGAGCAAAAUUACCAGGAGCGGUUUACUGCCCUGGCAAGGCGUUGUGGUCUGGAUGGGUCCGGCGUGCCCCUGGAUGACCAAUGGGACCCGGAGAGCCCAUAUAGGAUAGAUCAGAUGAAAGACGCCCUCGCCGAGCUCAGGCAGACGAUUCUGCACCCCUCGCUGGGAGUUGGCUUAGCCCUUCGUGCAGUAGAGCAGAAGAACAAGCCGCUGCGAACAAUCGAGGAGGUGUUGGAUGUCAUGAUUGAGCAGUCCGAUUCAUCGAUCAGGGCUGACCAACGCAAUUAUCUAGCCAAGAAGCUAGAAAGGGGCCAGAUAUUGGAAGCCCAGUCCAAAGUCGAGGAGGCCAUUGCGCUUUGGCAAGAGGUUUUAGACGAGGCCCGGCCAAUCGAAGAGGAAUGCCGCAAGCAAUUGGAAACGGAGUUGGCGAGGGCUCAGCAGGCAGACCCGGACGAGGAGCCGGACGAUACCGAGGGCAACAGCUCUCUGAAUGACGAAGAAGCCGAGGGAGAAAAUGCCCCCAAGCGAGUCAGCGAAUGCCGGCGCAAACUUCGAUCGAUACUCGAUAUUCGGCACAGGGCGGUUUUCUUCAUUGCCAGCGGCUAUUACCAGUUGAAGUCUGAUGAAGACAAGGUCGACCCCGAAUCGGAAGAGUUCAAGACGCUGGAACAGAAGGAGGUCAGCGGGUACGAGAUGGCAAGGACCAUCCGUAACGAGAUUUUACACGAGGCGCGCAAGAAGGCUAGUUCUUAUAUAUCCAGGAUCCGGGAGAAGGCGGAAGCACAGUCGUUUGUCGAGAUUCCGGAAAUGGAAUGCCCUCCGCUCCACGGCCUGGAAAGCAGGCUAGUUCUAGCCGACUUGGAGCUUCUCAGCGAGGCUCUCGACGGACAAGCAAAUCUUAUUGACGAGUGGCGGGAAGAAAUCAUCCAAAUGUUGGCCAAGCCACUUGUGGACGAGGACGAGGAGCAUGAGAUCACGGGCGACGAGUACGAGGAUUCGACGAAGAUUCAGGACGAGCUCAUGGUAUAUACCUUAGCUAUGAGAGCGGCCAUCGCCGACCGACAGGAUGCGAUCUCUGGCUUGGAAAACGAGAGGAUCAGGUAUGACACCCGUUUUGCGGAGAGACAAGCACAGAACGGGGAGGGACAUGCUCCUGCGAAGGUCCUUGCCUUGCUCCAACAACGCCAGCAAGCCAAGCCGUCAGGCCAUGGGACCUCUUUCCGAGGCAUCAUAACCGACCUCCGGGAGUUAGCAACGAAGCUGCGCUACGAUGUCAACAACGGGAGCAGCCGUGCCAGGGUUGAGCUGGAGAUUGUCGAACAGCAGCUACGGCUGCUACAAGGGCAGAGCAGUGCGCAGAACAAGGCCUCCCUAUCUCUAGAACGAGAGCUGGACGGCUUCGUCGCAGCCUUGAACGCUCGCGUCGAAUUCUACAGACAAUUGCAGGCCGUCUCUGACACAGUCGCCCCUCUCGGCGCAGAACGUCAAAAGAACCUCGACUCGACCGCAGAGAUGGAGCGGAAUGAGCGGGUCUUGCAGCACCGGAUCGCCCUCGCGCUAUCGAAGCACCGCUACUUGGUCCACCUCAAAGAAGCCGGUCAAGACUCGGACGAAGUUUGCGUCAUCUGCCAGUCGUCCUUCACGAUAGGAAUCCUCACCGUCUGCGGCCACCAGUUCUGCAAGGAGUGCCUCGUAGCUUGGUUUAAGGCCAGCCGUAGCUGUCCCGUUUGCAAAAAGCAACUCACGUCGGCGAUGCUACACGAUAUAACGCUGAAGAAACAGGAUCUGAAGGUCCACCAAGAGCAUCCCCGCACCUCCGGGGAUGUGAACUCGGGCACCAAAGCAAGGAAUUUCGGUAUCUAUUCCCAGUUCAGCAGCGAGAAGCUCGAGACCAUCAAGGGGAUCGACCUCCACGGACGGUCCUAUGGUACCAAGGUGGAUACUCUCAUUAGACACCUGCUGUGGUUGCGCAUAGAGGACCCGGGUGCCAAGUCGGUCGUCUUCUCGCAGUUCGGUCGGUUCUUAGAUGUCCUCAGCCCAAUCCUGCAGCAAUACGGUAUCGGGUUCACUUCUUUCAGGAUGAAGAACGGCAUCAAGCGGUUUAAGGAAGACCCAGGCAUCGAAUGCUUCCUCAUGGAUGCCAGGGCCCACGCCAGCGGUCUCAAUCUGGUGAAUGCCAGCCACGUGCUGCUGUGCGAGCCUCUCUUGAACACGGCGCUGGAGCUCCAGGCCAUCGCUCGAGUGGAUCGGAUCGGCCAAGAGCACGAGACGACAGUGUGGCUCUACCUGACGGAGGGCACGGUGGAGGAGUCCAUCUACGACCUAUCGAUCCAGCGCCGCCUCGAGCAUCUAGGCAAGAACACCAAGGGCAAGUCUAAGGAGUCUACGCCCGAGGUCUCGGACUUGAACCUCGAGGUAGCGAACUCUCUGGAGCUAGAGCAGGCGCCCCUGUCUAGACUCAUGAACAAGAACCAGAGGCUCGGGGAGGCCGUUGACAAGAACGACCUCUGGCAGUGCCUGUUCGGGAACGCCAGCAAGGCGAGCACGUCGACGGAUGAGCGGCUCAACGACCCCGCCGUCAUCGGCUUCCUCGCUAGCGAGGCGGUGGAAGCGAGGCGGCUGGGCCAGGCCAGAGGUGAGGGUGCAGCGCUGUGACAUUGCUGCGGGUAUCUCUCUCUAUCACGACUACGGUCUACGGAACGUGGGGGCGAAACCACAGGACCUAGCUGUUUCCUCUCAGCAGGCUCCUGACAGCGUAACUAGUUGAUUUUCAGACUGACGCUAUGCAUACCGACGCUGUGCAUACGUCCACCUGCAAGCCCGGAUCGGGGAACACCCGGAGCGAUACGAGCUGUGGCGCGGGGCGAUGGCAGGGGUGCAUCUCGUCCUAUACUGUCCUAUCUUCCGCACUGCUCACCUAUCCUGCACUAUACUCCUGCUAUACUGAUUUUGAUACCCAUGCUUGCGACUGCCGCUUUAACGGGAACAAAAUAGACGGAGAUACGAAGC